UUGAGUUGUGUACAUUAGUAAUAACAGCAGCAGCAACAACAACAACAACAACAACAACAACAAUAGCAACAACAGCUAAACUCAAAGCAUGCUGCAUUUAACGAAGAUAAAGUGGAGCUGUCUGUGAUUUAUGAUUAUAGACAAAAAAAAAAAAAAAAAACGGCGUGCUUGUGCAAGAUGUACGCUUUCUUUGCCAGCUCGCGCUGUGCUGCCUAGUUGUGCCAUCUAGAGUGCUUUUGGAGAUCACUGCAGCUGCUUCUUUCUCCUCUCUUGCGCGCAGCAUCUCUCAGUUGGUCUCUCUGCGAGGCAUAUUAGUGUGCUUUUGUGUAAUAUAUAAUGAACUUGAAAAUGAACUGUUCAGCAUGGUUGCACUAUCUCGUGGAGAUCUGGGAGCACGUCCUUUCUUCUACAUUCGGCGGCUGUUAAAGUUUCCAAAGGCUUAAAUAACUACACAACAAUACACGAACAGUUACAAUUAUCAACAGUUUGCAAACAAAAAAAUAGGAUUCUGGCGUGUUUGUUUAUUGGGAUAUACGCAUGGAAUCUGGAAUUGGGAGUAAACGACGCAACUAGUACAGUGUUUGCAGGCUGACGCUGCCGCUGAUGAUCAAUUUUCCUUGUCAUCAGUUUCUUUGCGGAUUCUGGAAAAGAUGGACCUCGUUGGAUUGUUGUGAGUUUAUAUCUUUUGGGGGAGAAAGCUGAAGGAUGCACAGUAACAAUAUUGGAAUAGCAACUGCAUUCUUACAACUCCACUGACAUGCAAAUGGUGAGAGAGUGGCCUAAUGAAGUGUGGUAAUCCUACAUCACAUGACAUUACAUCACAUGACACAAACACACAGAAGAUAGAGGAGCUAAUGUGCAGUUCAUCAAUGCAGUGUUGAAGCGCCAGCAAUAAAGUUGCUGACAAGGUUGGCACUUCAAACUUCACGAAGCACAGCCCGCACAUAAGAGGACCCAAGGUGCGAGUGGCCCUAUGGCAGAAUACUGCACAAUAUAGGUCCCAGUGCAUGAUCCACCAUGGACAAAGUGCUCUGCAGCCUCCUGAUUCUCGGAACAGCAGCGGUGAUGGUCCACGCGUGUCCUAAAUACUGUGUCUGCCAGAACCUGUCCGAGUCGCUGGGCACACUUUGUCCUUCCAAGGGCCUCCUCUUUGUGCCUCUGGACAUCGAUCGCAGGACUGUGGAGCUCCGCUUGGGUGGCAACUACAUCAUCAGAAUCACCCAGCAGGACUUUGCCAACAUGACAGGGUUGGUAGACCUGACAUUGUCCCGAAACACAAUCAGCUCCAUCCAACCCUUCUCCUUUGUUGACCUUGAGACCCUGCGAUCCCUUCACCUGGACACCAACCGGCUAACAGAGAUAGGGGCAGAUGCCUUGAGGGGACUGGUCAACCUGCAGCACCUGAUUCUCAACAACAAUCAGCUGAGCCGCAUCUCAGACGAAGCCUUUGAGGACUGCCUGUUCACCUUGGAGGAUCUGGACCUCUCGUACAACAACCUCCAAAGUGUCCCAUGGGAAUCCAUCCGCAAGAUGGUGAACCUGCAUCAGCUCAGCUUGGACCACAACCUCAUUGACUACAUAGCAGAAGGUACCUUCACUGACCUCCAAAAGCUGGCCAGGUUGGACCUGACCUCCAACCGGCUGCAGAAGCUGCCCCCUGAUCCCAUCUUUGCUCGUUCACAGGACAACAUUGUGCUCACAACCCCCUAUGCCCCUCUCUUGACUCUCAGCAUUGGGGGGAACCCUUUGCAUUGUAACUGUGAGCUUCUGUGGCUCAGGAGACUAGACCGGGAGGAUGACAUGGAGACCUGUGCUUCCCCUCCAAGCCUCAAGGGCCGGUACUUCUGGUACGUGAAGGAGGAGGAGUUUGUGUGUGAGCCGCCCCUAAUCACCCAGCACACCCACAAGCUCCUGGUGCUGGAAGGCCAGACAGCAAGCCUCAAGUGCAAAGCCAUAGGAGAUCCACCACCAGUCAUCCACUGGGUGGCUCCCGAUGACAGACUGAUCGGUAACUCCUCCAGGGCUGUAGUCUAUGACAAUGGCACUUUGGACAUCAUGAUCACUACCUCCAAGGACUACGGCACCUUCACCUGCAUCGCUGCCAAUGCCGCAGGGGAAUCCACCACCUCCAUUGAGCUCUCCAUCAUCCAGCUACCCCACCUCAGCAAUGGUACUGGACGAACCUCACAGCCCAAGUCCAGGCUUUCGGACAUCACCAGCUCAACCAAGACCAACAGGGGCGAGGCCAAGAGCCCGUUGGAGAGGGUGGUGUCCGUGUCAGAGGUGACGUCAGUCUCCGCCUUGGUCAACUGGUCAGUCAGCAAAGCAGCGCCCAAGGUUAAGAUGUACCAGCUCCAAUACAAUUGCUCCGAUGAUGAGGUCUUAAUUUACAGGAUGAUUCCGGCAGAAAGCAAAGCCUUCCUGGUGAACAAUCUGGUGUCUGGAGUUCAGUAUGACCUGUGUGUCCUGGCCAUAUGGGAUGAUACAGCCACCACUCUGACGGCCACCAAUGUGGUGGGGUGUGCCACGUUCAUUACCAGAGAGGACUACCAGCAGUGCCAGUCUCUAGACAGCCAGUUCCUGAGCGGAACCAUGAUCCUGAUCAUUGGAGGGAUCAUCGUGGCCACCCUGCUUGUUUUCAUCGUCAUCCUGAUGGUCCGGUAUAAAGCGAGCAGCAGCACUAAUUCUGGGAAGUUACCAAAUGUCAGUAACACUUACUCGCAGACUAACGGGGACCAUAAUGUCCAAAGUGGGGUGUUGUCUCAAGUGAAGCCCAAAGUGGUUGUGCGGGACGAGCUAAAAGAGUUUAACUGUGGCUCUUUGCACAGCAGCUUGUCCUCGUCCUCUAGCUCGCUGGUCAGCAGAGGCUGUGACGACUACAGCCUCCACAGUGACAGGAGCACCCUCUCCAACAAGUGGAGACCUGUUUCUAGAUCCCAGCACAACUUGGACCACCUUUUGGGGGCGUUCACCUCUCUAGAACUGAGGGGUCAGAGGCGAGAGGAUGUUCCGACCGAUUCUAAGAACACUCUGGCCCUGCACUCCGACAAGGAGCCCCUGCUGGGCCAUGGGGAGUCCAAGCUCAGAAGUCUUCUCACAUUACCUUUGGAGAGUAAGCCCAAGAGGAGCCACUCCUUCGACAUGGGGGACUUUGUCACCACCCAGUGCUGCAGCUAUCCCAAAAAGAUCACAAACAUCUGGACUAAGAGGAGCCUCUCGGUCAAUGGGAUGCUCCUGCAGUGUGAUGAGGAUGACCUGGCAGGCAGCAAGGUCAACUACGGGAGCUCCGAAUGGGUCAUGGAAAGCACUGUUUAAUGCUCAAUCGAUGGGUCUUCUGGUCAAAUCAAUAAGUGCAAAUAAAAAGUGGGACAGACUGGCACCCUACACCUGUACUGCAUGAAGAUCAUCAGUGUGUGACACCUGUUGACCUCCGUUCCUUUACAAUUGUUUUUUAAUCACAUUGCAUUGACUUCCGGGAGGCCUUGCACAGGCAGAAUCAAGUGCUCAUGUUAGGAAACAAAGAAAGAUGUGGUAUGAUACUAAGGAGCAUAGGGUGACCAAACAUUGUGCUGGUUAUACAUUUUUGAAAUGCCUGCAAAACAUAGUCCUGAUGUAAAUCUAUUUCCAGAGAAGUCACAUUUUGGUCGAGGGGUAGUUUUGAGUGGCAUUGGUUAAGGAAGGGAAUGCACAUGACUCUACCAAUAAAUUUGGAUUGCAACAAAGAAAAUCCUAAAAUGAAAUCGGAUGCAGAUUGGGGUGAUUCAGGGAAUUGAGGGAACUCACAACUGAAUGUGCAGUAUAAAUACAAAAAAUAUAUUUUUUCCUGCAAAAAGAAACUACGUUGAAAUGGAUUUCCAAGCCAUGCUUUCCUGUGAAUAAGGUCCAUUGGUGGCUGCAAAGUAUUUAGUAGGGGUCUGGAUAUGUGGAUUUCCCAUAUUGAAAUUGUAAGAAGAAUGAAAACCAAUUGUAGACGUAUACCUGCCCCCUUAAAGACCAUUUAUGUUGAUCUAAAGUUGUGGGUACUUUCCUCCUUUUCUUAUUGUUUGCUGGAAUGAUGAUCGUAGAUGAUGCACUCCUCUAAUCCCAAAGGUAUUCGAAUGAAUUUGAAAUGCAUUCUGAGUCAACCAAAUUCUUUAAUGAUAGUUUCUGGAAAACGCAUCCUUGCAAAUUCUUCCAUCAACCAAAAUCCAGUUAGACACAUAAAUAUGUAUGUAUGUAUUUAUUUAUUUAUUAUUUAUUUAUUAUUAAGAUCCUUGGAAUCACAGACACUGAGCUCAAACGUUGGUAUUGAGCAUGGCACACUACAUGAAUGGCACACAUGAAAGUUAUGUUUCAAGGACAUUGUAAAACUAAUGUAGUAUAGCUACACUAUAAUGAACACUUGUCAGAUAUCUGUUAAAAAGAACAAUGAAACUGACACUAGUAAACAUGUUGUCAGUUAUCAGCUAAUCCGAUUAAACCCUUUUUCUUAACAGGACUGUUCUUAUUGUUUACAGUCUUCUGUAUUUCUCCAGAGAAGCACAAAUAUGCUCCAGAAAUCUUCAAUCAACAAUCAACACCCUUAAUGAUAGCCUCUGUGCUUCUCUGAAUUUGUUACAUUGCGUUCCAUUUACUUUUUUUGAAUGUAUUUAUUUAUUUUGGUUAAUUGGCUGUAAUGUUCUGUAUAUUCCAUAUUGUACAAUAAUUAAGUAUGAUGAGAAACUGUACAGUAGUA